AUGUCAACCCAACUAUCUACAACCUUCACCACGACCCUGGCACUGGUCGAACAGUUCCAAACAGCCCUCACCACCCCACCAGCGACAGCAGCCGAGUCCGCCAAAGACGCCAAAGAUGUCGAAGCACUACCCCUCCUCACAGCCUCGGCCACUGCACUCAGAGCCCACGUCACCAAACUCUCUCUGCUGGCAAUCACAUCACCUUUCACCCACUCCGCCAUUGGAACCGUCCUCCGUGAGCUGAAUGAGUCCGUGCUACCCUCGCUCGUCACCGCAGCCCUCCUCAUCACUCCUGCGCAAUACACCAAAGCCUUCCAGACCGAGGUCCUGGGCCUGGUAAAGAGUGUCCUAACAGAGCUAUUGGGACUAGUCCGCGAAGUCCAGCGCGUCGACGACAAAAAGGAGCAGGAGAAAGGCGCGAAGGAGAGCGACUUGACGAAGGCGGAGAAGGAGGUCGUGACGCGCGCUACCGGACGUGUCUGGGAUGCCUGUGAUGUUGUGAUUGACGUUUCGCAAAAGGGCGUUGUUGGAUUCGUGAUGCGCCGCGUCGAACAGUGGCGGGAUCUGGUUCGGGAUGCGGUGGAGGAAAUCGAGGAGUGGGAUCCUGAGGACGAUGAUGAUGAUUUCAUGGAUGAGCUUCUGGAUGAGGAUGAGAAGGGGCAGAAGGAUGAUGAGGAGGAUGAUGAGGAGGAAACUGCUGCUUUGAAUGAGCACAAGAAGUUGACGCUGCGUUUCCUCAAGCCUGUUGCUCAGGUUUAUCCUGCUAUUAUCAAUAACCGGUUGAAGAAUGCUGGAAAUGCGCCUUUGGCUUCGUCGACUGGUAUCAAGACUUUGGAGUCUUUGAUGGUGAAUUUGCAGGCUGUUCCUGAUCAUGUUGAUGAGGCUGCGGGUGGCUUGUACGAGGCCGAUUUCGAAAGGUCUGCUGAGUACCUGCAGAAGACGAGGAAGUGUGCUGCCAAAGCUGUCGAUUUGGUCAUGGUGCCCUGGGGUGCUGCGGAUGAUGCGCCAGCAGACAAGUUCACUACCUGGGCCAAGACGUGGCUCAAGGUCGUUGAGGAAGUGAGCAAGGCGAUUGACGAAAACUGA